CGUAUUUUGCGUUGAUUUCUCCUUAAAGGAGACGCAACACAAAGCGCAAAAGAUCGGUCCACGCCGAGGCCGGGCAAAAAAGAAAUACAACGUAACUGCCGUCAGAAAGAAAGCUGUAAAGGGAAAUUAACGGGGAUGGACCCGGAGAUUAGCCGGGCCGCAGGUAGUAGCGCCGAGGCAAGUGGAGAGGUUGAGCUUCCUGGUGAGAAGGCCGCAGCACCAUCCCCAACCCCCAGACCGGCCCCUGCCCGAGGCAGAGUGUUGAGAGAGCGCGGACUGGGUCGCUCACAGACCGGUGUUUCCUCGGCAGGCCCGAAUGACUCCAGAUCAAGCACACCGGGUUCAGGGAGAGUGUUAAGAGACCGGUCGUCUAAGGGGGUGGUAGCUGGGAGAAACGCUGGGGCAGGCGGAAACACCAAAGGCCAGAAUGAAGUCGCAGCGGCAAAUCGCCGGAGAAAAUCCGAGUAUCCCCGGCGCAGGAGAAACACUGGAGCUCGUGGUGAGAAUUCAGGAGAGACCGGGGAUGACAGCGGCCUAGCAAUCGAUUCUGAAGACAAGAAAGACCCCUCCGAUAAAGCUUCUCGGUCCUCCAGAUCUCGGAGGCCCCAACCUCCACCACGCCAGAGGGCGCCCUCUGCUCGUACCUCCCGCCCGUCACCCACCCUGGUGUGCAAAAGUGAGCCUGAUACCGAGACUGCAUACGGAGCAGCGGAGGAUGUGUUGGAACGGACUGGUGGCAGUGAUGAUGAAGAUGAUGUGCUUAUUGGUGAAGAAGACCCUCCUUUCAGAGAUGACCCAAAUGACCUGAACUAUAAACCUGAGGCAGAAAGAGACCCCCAAAAACCACGACGCCGUCCCCCAAGACAGAAGGAAGACAAGAAAGAAAAGGAGCGUGAUAAAGAAAGAGGGAAAGAGAUAAAAACAGAAGGGGGAGAAGAAAUGGACGUGAAGCUGGAAAACGAGUUUGGAGAAGAGACAGAGCCCCCCAGAAAGAGGGGUAGACGAAGGAAAGAUGACAAAAGCCCCCGGCUUCCAAAAAGAAGGAAGAAGCCCCCUGUGCAGUAUGUUCGCUGCGAGAUGGAAGGGUGUGGCACCGUUCUUGCACAUCCACGCUACUUGCAGCACCAUAUUAAGUACCAGCACUUACUGAAGAAGAAGUAUGUCUGUCCCCACCCCUCCUGUGGCAGGCUGUUCCGUCUGCAGAAACAGCUGCUUCGCCAUGCUAAGCAUCAUACAGAUCAGAGGGACUACAUCUGUGAGUAUUGUGCCCGCGCCUUUAAGAGCUCCCACAACCUGGCAGUGCACCGCAUGAUCCACACAGGAGAGAAGCCGCUACAGUGUGAGAUAUGCGGGUUUACCUGCAGACAGAAGGCAUCCUUGAACUGGCACAUGAAGAAGCAUGAUGCUGAUGCCUUCUACCAGUUUUCAUGCAACAUCUGUGGCAAGAAGUUUGAGAAGAAGGAUAGUGUGGUAGCCCACAAGGCUAAGAGCCACCCAGAGGUGUUGAUCGCAGAGGCGCUAGCGGCCAACGCCGGGGCCCUCAUCACUACACCCACCCCCUUACUUGAAGCUCUUCCUGGGACGGGACAAGGGGAGCACAUGGUUGUCGUGAGCGAGGAACAGAAUCUGCCCCCCAUGCAGGUGCCCCUCCCUCUGGCCCUACCUUUGACAGGGCAACAGAUCAUCACUACACAUCCCCAACAAACCCAGCUGCUACAGCUGACCCCACACACUGUCCCUGCAACCCCCCAGCAACAGCCCCAGCUCCUGCAGCUCACUCCCCACACUACCCACGCCCCAGCACCCCAGCCACCUGCCCCACUCCUGCCUCAGACCCAGGACCUGGUCAACAGUAGGGAGAGCUUAGGGCUAGGCCCCAUCUCCACCCUGUCUUCCUCCCCUCCUCCGCCGUCCUCUUCCCUCCACCAGCCAGUCAUGUCCACGGGAGAAGGAGGGGGUGUGUGGGAGGGGGAUGUGGAAGGGGAGAGGCACAGGCCAGAGGGAGGAGUGGUGUGGGAGAGGGAAGUCGAGGGGGACCGGGACCGAGACGGAGCGGUGGUGUGGGAGCGGGAGGGGGACGGGGAGAGGGACAGGGGCGAUGGAGGAAUUGUUUGGGAAAGGGAGGGGGACAGGGAGAUUCUUCUGGAGAGUGCAGAGGCGCAGGUCCAGCAUGGGAACCACCAUGGGCUGAUGUAGGGAGAUGAGGAGGGGGGGAGAAGAUGUGAGGGGGUUGCAGAAGAUGAAGAGGGAUGGGAAGGAGAAGGGAAGAGACUGCAAGAGUCAAACUCACAACUGUACUUGUGUGAAGGCUUUAACAAUAUAUGAUUAUUUUACUGUAUCUCCUCAGUGAAGUACAGUACAGAUACUCACUUAGAUAACUAUACUACUAUAUCAGGGAAUAUGAGUUUGUCGUUGUUGCUUUUUGUACAUAGAAACUUUUAGUGCGUAUUGUAAGUUCUUUCAAGCCCCUCUCUCCGUCUCCUGCUGUACGUUUGUGUUGGUGUGUGUGAGUGCGCGCGUGCGUACGUAUGCGCGCGUGUGCAUAUGACAGAGAGAGUGAGCGUGUGUGUGUGUGCGUGUGCACACGUGCCUAUGUUGCUUGGGUGUAAGCAGAAACGAGAACGCAUGUAUAAUGUAAGAAAAUGUUGAAAAAUAGACAGUCUCUAACCCCUUCUUUGUCUUCUUUGCCUUGCCACUCGCAAUCUCUCUCUCUCAUGCUAGGCCAAUGUAUCUGAGGCAUUAGUACAGUAUUAAUUUACCAUAUUUUUUAUUUAUUAUCAUUUUGUCCCUAAGUGUGUAAAAAUAGAUUUUUAAAAAAAAAAAAAACAAAAAAACAAAACUGUCAGCUCCAAAAUUACAUUCUAAAAGUCAUGUCUUAUCAAUCUUGUAAAGAAACUUGUAAUUAUGAAUGCGUGGACUACCUUAUUUUUAGUUUGAUUAUAUUUUUAAUUUCUCUGGCAUUUUAAUGAACACUGCAACUCAAUCACAGCCCCCUACGCCAUCCCGUUUGUGUGUGCUUUACAUGCCCGUAUUUGACUAUCUUUGUUACCCCUUCCAUUGAUUUUUUUUUUUUUCCCCAGCACACCUUUAUUUGGACAAAAUGCACUGCAUCUGUCCAACCAUGAACAAUAUAAUCUGCUGUCUGUUUAAAUAAAGCCAUAGACUGAUAGGUAUUCACAUUCUGAAGUGUGCAGCAAAGUAUUUUUUAAACACCAGAUGAUUUUAGUGGAGUUUUUUGAAACUUGUGUUAAUUUGCAGAAUAAAAAUGUUACUAUUUCAUCAUCAGAUACUAUGUCCAUCAGAGAAGGCUUCUUUUCCAGUAGGGAAAUAUGUUUAAAGGGGGCAGUAGGGGUUGAUGCAGAAGGGUGCAAAAUGACUGGACACUACACUGGGGGGGACACUUGUAUACACUGCCACUGUAAUGCACCACCCUUGUCUCUGUCUUUCACAUUUAA